UCUGGUGUCCAAUCAAUUCCGUUAUCGAUUAAUAAAUUUGUAAACGUCAAACAUCAAUUGAAUUUUUUUAGACCGGAUUUUUUUUUCGCUUUGUUUUUUCUUUACAUUUUGGAUCAGUAAAAAUGGAUAGUGAAGGCAAGAAAAUUAUCGUCUGCGAUAAUGGGACCGGUUUUGUUAAAUGUGGUUUUGCUGGUUCAAAUUUUCCGAAAUAUACAUUCCCAUCGGUAGUCGGACGACCAAUUAUUCGUGCUGCCCAACGUAUUGAUGAUAUUGAAAUUAAGCCUAAUAAAGAGGAAAUGAUAGAAUCUGAUCUUAUGGUCGGUGAUGAAGCGAAUAAACUUCGUUCAUAUCUUGAAUUAUCAUAUCCAAUGGAAAAGGGUAUUGUUCGAAAUUGGGAUGAUAUGUGCCACGUAUGGGAUCAUACAUUUUAUGAUAUGCUUCAAAUUGAUCCUAAAAAUAGUCGAAUUUUACUUACUGAACCGCCAUUGAAUCCGAUUGAUAAUCGCAAAAAAAUGAUCCAAAUGAUGUUUGAAAAAUAUGAAUUUCAUUCAGUAUACAUAGCAAUACAAGCUGUUCUUACAUUAUACGCACAAGGAUUAAUGACUGGUGUUGUUGUCGAUAUUGGCGAUGGUGUUACACACAUUUGUCCUGUUUAUAAAGGAUUCUCUAUGCCACAUCUUACCAGAAGAUUAGAUGUUGCCGGUCGAGAAGUGACACGAUAUUUAAUCAAGUUAUUACUGUUACGUGGCUAUGCUUUCAAUCAUACGGCAGAUUUUGAAACGGUUCGAAUGUUGAAAGAAAAAAUGUGCUAUAUUGCAUACAAUUGUGAACAGGAACAAAAACUAGCCGAAGAGACCACAUAUCUGACCGAAACAUAUACGUUAAACGAUGGUCGUAAUAUCAAACUAAGUGGUGAACGAUUCGAAGCUCCGGAAGCUUUAUUUCAACCACAUUUGGUCAAUAUUGAAGGUCAAGGCAUUUCGGAAUUACUAUUCAAUACGAUUAAUGGUGCUGAUCUAGAUCUUCGUUGUGAACUUUACAAACAUAUUGUUCUUAGUGGUGGUUCUACAAUGUAUCCAGGACUUCCAUCACGAUUAGAACGUGAAAUAAAACAAUUAUAUCUGGAACGUAUUCUCAAAGGUGAUGGUCAAAAAUUACAAAAAUUCAAAAUUCGUGUUGAAGAUCCACCAAGACGCAAGGAUAUGGUUUUUAUUGGUGGUUCUGUAUUAGCCGAUGUGAUGAAAGAUCAACCACAAUUCUGGAUCACUAAACAACAAUAUGAAGAAAUGGGCAUUGAUAAUAUUAUCCGUAUGUCAUCGAAUAAUGUAGCUUCAUCAUCACCUGCCACAACAUCAUAGUCAUUAUCUAUUGAAGAUGAUAAUUAAAAAAAUAUUUCAUUUAAUGAGUGAAAACAAUUAUUACAUCUAUUCUGUAUUAUUAUAAUAAACAUCAAGGAAAAACAAAAA